AUGCCCACUGAUUCAAUUGAAAAGGAUGCUCUGCCUGUCGGUAGAGUGACUGAGCUUACAGAGGCUAUUGAGAUUGUGCUGAGAUACCUUAUACCUUUUCUUCGCAGCUCCGAGGACGACUAUGAUGCACUUACAACAGGAAUGCACUUAUCAAAGGGAUGCUAUGCCAAUGGUGAUAACUUGGACUCCUACCUAACCAAUCCUGGUCAACUUCGCGAGCUUCUAUCAUUGAAACUCCCAUCGACAGGACGAGGCAUGGAGGACAUAGCUUCCUCAACCGCAACCCUACUACAGUAUUCAGUCAAUACAUCAUCUCCGGCCUUUAUGGAUAAACUAUGGUCUUCGCCCUCCAUUCCAGGAAUCGCUUCAGAUCUACUCCUGUCUGCGCUUAAUGGAAACGACCAUGUGUUUCGAGUCUCCCCAGCUCUGACCCUAAUAGAGAAACAUGUUGCCAAGGAGCUUGCUCAGCUCUUUGGUCUCAGUGGCCCAUAUUCAGGGGGAGUUAGUGUCCCUGGUGGCGCAGCGGCAAAUAAUACUGCUCUACUUGUCGCACGGAAUGUACGUUUUCCACAUCUAAAAGAUUUGGGCCUACAUGGCACCUCGUUCCCGCGACUCGUAAUGUUUGCAUCUGAGGCAGCGCAUUUUUCAGUGCUCAAUGCGGCUCAAAUAUUGGGUCUAGGGUCACACUACAUCAAGAAAAUUGCAACGACUGUAGACGGGUGUAUGGAUCCCAUGGCGCUCAAACAGGCACUCGAUGUCACGGUAGCUGCAGGAGAGGUCCCACUGUUUGUGUGUGGAACGGCAGGGACAACCGUUCGUGGGGCCUAUGACCCUUUAGAGAGCAUCGGCAAGCUAGCUCAUGAAUACAAUGCUUGGUUCCACGUCGAUGCAUGCUGGGGCGGCGCCGCUGCAUUCUCCAACAAGCUCAAGUAUAAACUAGCAGGCUGCAACUUAGCGGAUAGUAUCGCAUACAAUCCGCAUAAGCUGUUGGGCGUGCCACAGAUAUGCUCAUUUCUUCUUGGAAGAGAUCUGCGUACUUUCUGGUAUGCAAACAGCUUAACCGCUGGGUAUUUGUUUCAUCAGGAUGAGAGCCUACCUCCUUCCGAGGGCAGGACUACCACUGCAUCUGAGGGCAAGAUAAUCAACAACCAGGCGCAGGAGCGUUCUUGUCUCAGUUAUGAUCACACUAAUUGGCGCACAUCAAAAGCUAUUGAAGACGCACCGGAUCCCCAAGAUGUAUACGACCUUGCAUCCUUCACUCCUCAAUGCGGUCGCCGGCCAGACGCUGUCAAGUUAUACUUCCACUGGCGAUACUAUGGCGCAGAAGGUAUCGCAACACAAGUCGAAGGGGCAUACGAGGGAGCUAGAUACCUCUCUCGUUUGAUAGGAAAAGAGCCCUCACUCCGCCUUGUCGGCCAUAUAGACGUGCCCUGUACGCAAGUCUGUUUCUACUAUGUCGGCGCGUCACACAAAACCGUGGAGUCUGCUGAAGAGAUGGCCAGACAGAACACAUUUUUCACCCGUCUCAUCUCCACGGGGCUCCUGAAGCGGGGAUGGAUGGUGGACUACGCACCUGGAUGUGGGAGGAGAGAAGAGCUCGGUGCGUUCUUACGAGUUGCUUGCAACCGCAUGACCACUCCUUCUGUCGCGGAGGGCUUGGUCCAGGCCAUUUUGGAGGUGAUCCAUACAGAUAUAAAGUCUAUUCCAUCCUCGUACAAAUGA